AUGUCAAAUUUAUCACUUCAAAACGCAAUUUUAACUUAUGAACAACUUGAAGUUACUCCUUCAAGGAAAGAUGGAAUAUCCGAAGAUCUCGAAGAAAACUUACGAAAAUUUGGUUGCGAAUUUAUACAAUCUGCAGGAAUUCUUUUAAGAUUACCUCAGGUAGCCAUGGCAACAGCUCAAGUUCUAUUUCAACGUUUUUUUUAUAGUGCCUCUUUAAGAAAAGUUUCAAUUAGGGAUAUAGGAAUGGGAGCUUUAUUUCUCGCAUCAAAAGUUCAAGAAUCGCCUUGUAAAAUACGUGAUUUGAUUAACGUUUAUAAUUAUUUAAUUAGACAAUAUCGCAAAUUACCUAUAGAACCGUUAGAAUAUUUUGGAUCGACUUUUUACGAAAUGAAAGAUGCAUUGGUAAUAGCAGAAUUACAAAUUCUCAAAAAACUUGGAUUUAAUGUUCAUGUACAAUUACCAUAUGGAUUGAUGGUUAAUUAUUUAAGAGUUCUGGAAUUAACUGAACAUGAUACUAUUCCACAAAAAGCUUGGGGAUAUUUAAAUGACGCGAUUCCAUUUAAUUUAACGAGAAAAUCAACAUUCGCUUUCUAG